AUGAGAGAAAAGCCUUGUGAACAUGGAGCGGCUAAAAUUUCCGAAAGAAGUUUUGCCUGCGCUGCAAUAUCCGAUAAUAUGCGCGUAGAUACAUUUCAUUAUUUUUGGCAACUCCCUACAUGGGAUGCUAAGAAAGCCAACGUAAACUGCCUUAUCCAACCAAGGCAGAUUGUUCGCCGUAGAAAUGUCUACGCAGAUGUUAAUAAAAAGAAUUGCGGGUUUGAUUGCUAUUUACCGGGGCUUGACGGUAUUAAACUACGUGUUUGCAAGCAGUUAUUUUUAGCCACAUUAGACUUAAAAAAAGAUGUUCUACAGUUGUGGAUAAGGUCGAAGUUCGACAUUGAUGUAACAAAUAGUGGAGCGAUUAACAUAGUCAGAAGAGUAGCUGCUGAUAGUUCUAAUCGGGCUGGUACCAGGGUUCUUAGGUCUGAGUCAGAUAUGAAAUGGCUUGAAAUAAUACCAAAGCCACGGAAAGAUCAAUGCGAUCUGUGUGUUGGGCACAAAGAGGGAAACAUUCCUGAAGCUAUGUAUACACUACGCAUCACGAAAAAAGAGGAAGCCUACUCUGCUAAGUCUAAUGCUAUUCAGGAAAUGUCGGACGAUGUUGUGGUUAUAUCAAUGGAUAUGCUAAGCGUGCUGCUGUCUCCUAAACUUCACGUUUCUGAACAAUAUUAUAAAAUGAAAUUAGCCCUGCAUAAUUAUACGUUUUAUGUAAAAAAUACUAAGGAUGUAUAUUUAUACGUUUGGCAUGAAGGAGAGGGAGGAAUAACAGCGAAUAAUAUUACGAGCUGCAUCAUUAACUUUUUAGAAGAGUAUUGUGGAAACAAAAAGAAAGUAAUUCUUAUUUCUGACGGCUGUGCAUAUCAAAAUAAAAAUAAAGUUUUAUGCAGUGCCUUAGCUAAUUUAAGUGCUGUGAAAGAGCUUACCAUUGAGCAAAUUAUAUUAGAGAAAGGGCAUACAAAGAUGGAAGUGGACAGCGUCCAUUCCACUCUGGAAAAAAAGUUUAAGGCACCAAUUUUUACACCAAUGGAUUAUGUGUCCAGGAUGAGACAAUGUAGGCCCUCGCAGCCCUACGUUGUUCAUUAUCUAGAUUUCAAUUUCUUUAAAAACUAUGAAGAAGUGCCUGGCAAUUUUACCACAGUAAGACCAGGCAGAAGGACUGGUGAUGCCACUAUCGGAGAACUUCUUUACGUCAAUGGUGAAGUGCAGUAUAAAGUACGCCAUUCUGAUGAAUGGGAAGCUUUACCACAAAGGAGAAUUAAUAGUAGAGAACCAGUAGCACCUGCAAGAUUAUAUAACAGCCCCAUCAACAUAGUAUAUGUAACCAAAUAUAAUCAUCUACAAGGUCUGAAGCAGUACAUGCAUCGUGACUAUCAUUUUUUUAUGAAGAAGCUUCAACUGCUGCACUCAAGAACUCUAAGCAAGAAAAAACUAUCACCGAGGGAAAACUGUUGUUCUCAAAGAGAAUGA